GAUUCGCAGCAGGGUGUGUCCAGAUGGUCAGUCUCUGGUGGCUAGCCUGUCCUGACAGGGGAGAGUUAAGCUCCCACUCUCCACCGUGCCGGCUGGCCAGGUGGGCUAAGGGUGACCGAGAGACCAGAACCUGCUUGCUGGAACUCAGUGCUCAGAGCUGGGGAGGGAGGUUCUGCGGCUCCUCCGCUGUCAGCGCCUGCAGCCCCUCCCUGCUUCACUUCCUCCUGCAGCCCCUGCCACCAAGAAGCUCCAGGAUCCCAGCAGCCGCCACACCCUGGCUUCAGCCUGCGCAGCUCCAGUCAGGCCAACACCGACCUGCAGCUGGGAGGAAGACGGGACCCUUGACAUCUCCAUCUCCACAGAGGUCCUGGCUGGACUGAGCAGCCUCCUCCUCCUAGAUGACAGUACCCUCCAGCUCUCCAGUUUUCAGGCUGGAGACAUUAGACGGAGGCCAAGAAGAUGGCGCUGAGGUGGACGAAGUAAAGCCGGCUUUGGGGAGCGGGCUGACUCCCAUGGAGUCACCGUUCCAGGGCGAGGACCGGAAAUUCGUCCCUCAGAUAAAAGUGAACCUCAAGUAUGGAAAGGGAACAGGUGCCAGUCAGCCGGAUCCAAACCGAUUUGACCGAGAUCGGCUCUUCAAUGCGGUCUCCCGGGGUGUCCCCGAGGAUCUGGCUGGACUUCCAGAGUACCUGUGCAAGACCAGCAAGUACCUCACCGACUCGGAAUACACAGAGGGCUCCACAGGUAAGACGUGCCUGAUGAAGGCUUUGCUGAAUCUUAAGGAUGGGGUCAACGCCUGCAUUCUGCCACUGCUGCAGAUUGACCGGGACUCUGGCAAUCCUCAGCCCCUGGUAAAUGCCCAGUGUACGGAUGACUAUUACCGACUAACAAUUCUCCUGCCUCAGCCUCUCGAGUUAGGACUACCAUGGUAAAGAAGCCUGAUCUGCUUCAAGGAGUGCUGGCCUUUUGUCCAAGGAGCAUGAGGAGUAGGCAGAUGGAAAGCAGGAGGCCUGGGGCCCAAGCUGCUCUCUUGGCCUGCAGGUGAGCUACCCCUCUCUUUGGCCGCUUGCACCAAGCAAUGGGAUGUGGUAAGCUACCUCCUGGAGAACCCACACCAGCCUGCCAGCCUGCAGGCCACUGACUCCCAGGGCAACACAGUCCUGCAUGCCCUAGUGAUGAUCUCGGACAACUCAGCUGAGAACAUCGCACUGGUGACCAGCAUGUACGAUGGGCUCCUCCAAGCUGGGGCCCGCCUCUGCCCCACCAUGCAGCUUGAGGACAUCCACAACCAGCAGGAUCUCACGCCUCUGAAGCUGGCCGCCAAGGAGGGCAAGAUCAAGAUUUUCAGGCACAUCCUGCAGCGGGAGUUUUCAGGACUGAGCCACCUUUCCCGAAAGUUCACCGAGUGGUGCCAUGGGCCUGUCCGGGUGUCGCUGUAUGACCUGGCUUCUGUGGACAGCUGUGAGGAGAACUCGGUGCUAGAGAUCAUCGCCUUUCAUUGCAAGAGUCCGCACCGACAGCGAAUGGUCGUUUUGGAGCCCCUGAACAAACUGCUGCAGGCGAAAUGGGAUCUGCUUAUCCCCAGGUUCUUCUUAAACUUCCUGUGUAAUCUGAUCUACUUGUUCAUUUUCACCGCUGUUGGCUACCAUCAGCCUGCCCUGAAGAAGCCGGCUGCCCCCCACGUGAAAGCGGAGGUUGGAAACUCCAUGCUACUGGCAGGCCACAUCUUUAUCCUGCUAGGGGGGAUCUACCUCCUCCUGGGCCAGCUGUGGUACUUCUGGCGGCGCCACCUGUUCAUCUGGAUGUCGUUCAUAGACAGCUACUUUGAAAUCCUCUUCCUGUUCCAGUCCCUGCUCACAGUGCUGUCCCAGGUGCUGUGUUUCCUGGCCAUCGAGUGGUACCUGCCCCUGCUUGUGUCUGCGCUGGUGCUGGGCUGGCUGAACCUGCUUUACUAUACACGUGGCUUCCAGCACACAGGCAUCUACAGUGUCAUGAUCCAGAAGGUCAUCCUGCGGGACCUGCUGCGCUUCCUUCUGAUCUACUUAGUCUUCCUUUUCGGCUUCGCUGUAGCCCUGGUGAGCCUAAGCCAGGAGGCUUGGCGUUCUGAAGCUCCUACAGGCCCCAAUGCCACAGAGUCGGUGCAGCCCAUGGAGGGACAGGAGGAUGAGGGCAACAGGGCUCCGUACAGGGGUAUCCUGGAAGCCUCCUUGGAGCUCUUCAAAUUCACCAUCGGCAUGGGCGAGCUGGCCUUCCAGGAACAGCUGCACUUCCGUGGCAUGGUGCUGCUGCUGCUGCUGGCCUACGUGCUGCUCACCUACAUCCUGCUGCUCAACAUGCUCAUCGCCCUCAUGAGCGAGACCGUCAACAGUGUCGCCACUGACAGCUGGAGCAUCUGGAAGCUGCAGAAAGCCAUCUCUGUCCUAGAGAUGGAGAACGGCUAUUGGUGGUGCAGGAAGAAGCAGCAGCGGGCAGGCGUGAUGCUGACCGUCGGCACUAAGCCAGAUGGCAGCGCCGAUGAGCGCUGGUGCUUCAGGGUGGAGGAGGUGAACUGGGCUUCGUGGGAGCAGACGCUGCCUACGCUGUGUGAGGACCCAUCAGGGGCAGCCGUCCCUCGAACUCUCAAGAACCCUGUCCUGGCUUCCCCACCCAAGGAUGAAGAUGGUGCCUCUGAGGAAGACCUUGUGCCCCUCCAGCCUCUCCAGUCCAACUGAUGGCCCAGAUGCAGCAGGAGGCCAGAGGACAGAGCAGGGGAUAUUUCCAGCCACAUCUGCUGGCUCUGGGGUCCCAGUGAAUUCUGGUGGCAAAUAUAUAUUUUCACUAACUC